AUGCCGCAUUCCGAUCCCGAUGGGCCGCUGGCAAAGCGCCAGAAAGUGUCGACUUUGGCCAAUGCGCCUCCAGCUUCAAGCAACUCCUCCCGAAUCUUUGCUCCUUUCCGAACUGUUGGCCUCGUCUCUCCAUCGAGUAUCCCUUUUACGUCUUUUCCACUGGGAAAGACUACUUUCCAAAUUACAACAUCGGUCGGCCGAUCUCUGCAAACUUACGAUUUGCUUCGAGGUCUCAACUUAGUCUUUGUCACCCGGCCGCAGACGCUCGCGGAUAUCACUGCUACGUAUGCCUGGGGGAAGAAGGUCUUUGCCGCAUGGGGUGGAUCGCAGGAUGGCGAGCCUCGGGGCCUAUGGGUCUUCCAAAGAGGUAGAAAGAUUGACGAGGUAGCUCUCCCCAGCGACCUGACGGAGCCAAUCCAGCAAAUCACCAUCUUUGGAACCUGGUUAAUCGCUUGCGCGAAGACGAGGAUUGAGGUUUUCAAAACCGCGACGCUCGAGCAUUACACUACCAUCCACACCAUGGCUGCUACCAAAGGCGGCCACGAAAUCACCAGCGGCGUCGUCACUAUGCCAACAUUCCUCAACAAGAUCUUCGUUGGUCGCAAAGAUGGUUGGGUCGAGAUCUGGAACGUCAGCACUGGAAAGUUGAUAUACACCAUUUUAUCUCCUUCUCCCGACUCUGGCGCCGUGACCUGUCUCGAACCCACUCCAGCCCUCUCCUUGCUGGCCAUUGCCUACUCAAGCGGUACCCUAGUCAUCACCAAUGUUCUCACCGACAAGCGGGCUCUCCAAGUCGAAGCUGGAAGCCCAGAGGCGCCCAUUACUUCGAUAUCGUUCAGAACCGACGGUAUGGGAGCUGGACAUGAUGGCAGAAAAGAUGGUGUCAUGGCCACAGCUACACCGUCCUCAGGCGACAUUACCUUUUGGGAUCUGAAUAAGGGAGGUCGUGUGAUGGGAGUUCUUCGAAGUGCCCACAACCCACCUUCAGGUGAUGGCGGUGACGUCCGCGGUGGCAUCAGCAAAGUUGAAUUUUUGGCUGGUCAGGCAGUCAUUGUGUCCAGCGGCCGAGACAACUCGCUCAAGUCAUGGAUCUUUGAUGAGGCGCCUUUCUCGCCCAUCCCAAGGAUCCUGCAUUCUCGGAGCGGACACUCUGGCCCUGUUAAUUGCCUCCAAUUCUUGCCCUCCGAUUUCGAUGGUGCUGAAGCUGGAAAUAAAUGGAUCAUCAGCGGCGGCAAGGAUAGGAGUCUCUGGGGAUGGAGCAUGCGUCGUGAUGGUCAGAGCACAGAGCUGAGCCAGGGUAACAUACGGAAGAAGGCAAAGAAGAUUGGCAUCCUGGCCAGCAAUGCUCUCGCGCAUGGCCCAACGACAACAUUGGAAGACCUCAAAGCUCCCGAAAUCACAUGCAUUGCCACUUCACUUAACCGCGAUGGUGGCAUUGGCGCCUUGCCUGGCAAGCAAGAGAUUUGGCAGAAGGGACGGGACCCCAAGAAGAAGAUGGAUGCGGAGAUUAGCGGAAUGACGGGCUGGGAGAGUGUAGUCACCGCUCAUAAAGGCGACCCUUUCGCCCGCACCUGGUUCUGGGGUCGAAAGAGAGCUGGUCGCUGGGCAUUCCCAACUGGCGAUGGCACCAACGUCACAACUGUUGCCAUUAGCCCCUGCGGAACGUUUGCGUUGGUCGGCUCCGGGGCUGGCGGUAUCGACAUGUACAAUCUUCAGUCCGGUGUUCACCGCCAACGCUUCCCCUCCAAGUUGACGCCGGCACAAGCCCGUCAGCUGAAAAUGCAGCAGCUUCGACAGGCAGAUGACGUUGUUCAGCUGCAAAGCGAAGGCAACCGAAAGUAUCCCGCCGGCGUUGGCAAGCAUACUCAGGCCAUUACCGGCCUGGUUGUUGAUUCUAUGAACAAGACUGUGGUGUCUUGUGCGCUAGACGGCAAGAUCAAAUUUUGGGAUUUCUUGACAGGAACCCUCUUGGAGCAGUUGGACUGGGCGCCCAUGACAUUUCCGACUGGCUGCCGUUACCACCCUGCUAACAACCUCUUGGCCUUUUCUUGCGAUGACCUGUCCAUUCGAAUUGUCGACCUGGAAACGAAAAAGACCAUUCGAGAGUUCUGGGGCCCCAAGGAUGCCAUCAACGACUUUUGCUUUUCAAACGACGGAAGGUGGAUCAUUGCCGCCUCUCGCGAUUCGGUCAUAAGGAUAUGGGAUCUGCCCACGAGCCAUCUCAUCGACGCCAUUCGACUGGAGAAGCCGUGCAAAGCUGUGGCCAUGUCAUACACAGGCGAGUACCUGGCUGCUGCUCUGGAAGACAGCCCUGGUGUCACGAUAUGGACGAACAAGGCUCUGUAUAAACACGUCCCGACUCGCCAGAUAUCCGAAGCCGAAAUCGACUUGGUGACUGCGCCUACGACGUCCGGAGAAGGAAACCUCGGCUUGCUGGAGGCAGCAUUUGAGGAGGACAAGGCAGAAGACGACGUCGGCGUCGUCGCGCCUACUGUUGAUCAAAUCAGUGCCGACCUAAUGACGCUCAGCUUGGUUCCCAAGAGCAGAUGGCAGACGCUGCUCCAUCUGGAUCUGAUCAAGGAGCGUAAUAAGCCGACGGAGGCACCUAAACUCCCCGAAAAGGCGCCCUUCUUCUUGCCAUCCACAUCCGGAGCGCAAGCAGGGGCCAAGGACGGAUCAGAUGAACCAGAAAACGGGAGCAAGUCUCGUAUCAGUAGAUACGACAAGGCUCGAUUUGAGGAAACGUUCACGUCGAAGCUGCGUGCUGGCGCUGCCAACGGCAACUACGAUGCUUUCAUUGAGCACCUCAAAUCUCUCUCUCCCUCGACUGCGGAUCUUGAGCUUCGAUCGCUUUCCCUGGGUGAGGAUGACGACUCCAACGAGCUCCUCCACUUUAUCCAAGCUCUUACGACACGGUUACAAGCGCGAAAGGAUUACGAGCUGACGCAGGCGUGGAUGACGGUGUUCCUCCGACUUCACUUUGACAUGGUGAUGGAAAACAAGGCGCUGCUAAAAGCUCUUGAGGGGUGGAAGGGACAGCAGGAGAAGGAAUGCAACAGGCUGGAUGAUUUGGUUGGAUAUUGCAGCGGCGUGGUGAGCUUUUUGAGAAGCCCGAGAACGUGA